AUGUCCUUCCUCAAGCACUUGGACCCUCCUGAUGGCAUGUCCAAAAUGCACCGCUGCUUCUGGACCACGAGGCCAGACGGUGAGGUACAGCUGCGGCUGGGCAGAGACUCGCUGGCCGCCGGGGCGCCCCUCACCGUGCACGACCUGAUUCUGGAUGCAGCCACCAAAUACUCCAACUACAUCGCGCUGGGCUCCAAGCACAAGAAAGGCUGGCACAUGCUUACCUACAUUGAAUAUUACGAAGAAUGCCGCCGGGCCGCCAAGGCCUUCCUCCAGCUGGGUCUGGAGCGCUUCCAUGGCGUGGGGAUCAUGGGGCUCAACUCAGAAGAGUGGGUCAUCGCCAGCCUUGGUGCCAUCAUGGCCGGAGGUUUCUCUGUGGGCAUCCUGUCCACCAACUCACCCAAAGUCUGCCAGGUCAUCGCUGAGAACUCGCAGGUGGACAUCUUUGUGGUGGACGGUGACAGGCAGCUGCAGAAAGUGAUCCAGAUCCGGGGCUUCCUGAAACAGCUCAAGGCCAUUGUCCAGUACAAGGAGGUCAUCCGUAUGGGGCAGCCGGACCUCUAUUCCUGGACCGACUUCCUGAACCUGGCGGGCGGCAUCUCGGAUGAGGUGCUAGACAGAGUCAUCGACUCUCAGAAGCCCAACCAAUGCUGCAUGCUGGUGUACAGGCUGAACGUCUCCGGCCCCCCGAAGGUCAUCAUGCUCAGUCACGACAAUAGCCUGCCAUACCACUGCCCCCCCAGAGGCCAGGAGGUCAUUGUGAGCUACCUCCCACUCAGCUGCAUCACCUCCCAGCUCUUUGAUGUGUGGGUCUCCAUCGCAGUGGGAGGGACGCUCUACUUUGCCCAGCCGGACGCUCUGAGGGGCUCCCUACUGGACACUCUGAGGGAAGUGCGGCCCACCACCUUCUACGGCGUCCCUCAGGUCUGGGACCGCAUGCUGGAUGGGUUGAGGGAGGCCCAGUUGGCCGCUUCCCCGUUCCGCAGGAAGCUGAACAAGUGGGCCAUGAGGCUAGGGCUGCAGGUCAACAGGAAGCAGAUCCAGCCGCCGCUGUGUUUCUGCCUGGCCAGUAGGCUGACCUUCCGCCCAGCCCGGCGCUUCCUGGGCCUGGACCAAUGCCGGCAGCUUUUCAACACGGGGCUGGGACUUCCUGAGAAUGCACUGCACUACUUCCUCAGCCUCGACAUCCCCAUCUUCGAGCUGUACAGCCUGGACGAAUGCACCGGCGUCCACUCCUUCAACAGCGGCCAGGCCUUCCAGCUGCUGAGCUGUGGGAAGGGGCUGCCCGGCACUCGAACCAAGGUGCAUGAAGAGAACGAACAAGGUGUUGGGGCCAUCCACGUCUGGGGCCGGCACAUCUUCAUGGGCUACCUCAAUGACCAGGCCAGCACCAAAGAGAAGGUGGAUGCCUCUGGCUGGCUGUACACAGGGGACCUGGGCUUCCAGGAUCACAGCAAAUUCCUGUUCCUCACAGGAAGUGUCCAAGACAUCAUCACCCUAAAAUCAGGCGAGAAGGUCAAUCCGGUACCCAUCGAGGAACAGCUGAAGAAGCUGAUCCCCAUCGUCCGCUACGUCAUGGUAGUGGGCCAGGACGCCCCGUACCUGUGUGCUUUGUUCACGCUCAAGUGCCAAGUUAGCCCAGAGUCAGGGGAACCCUGGAACGCCCUGACCAGCGAAGCUGUCAUGUUCUGCCGGCGUCUCAAGAGUUCGUCCACCAGGCUGACGGAUGUCCUGUAUAAUCGUGACCCCAUCAUCACCAAGUUCAUCGAUCAGGCCAUCGACACCACCAACGCCCGGACCACUGAGGAGAGUGCAAAGAUCAUCAAGUGGAAAAUCCUAGACAAUGACUUCUCAGUGGCUGGUGGGGAGCUCGGAGCAACCACAAAGCUAAAGCGGGCGGUCGUGGCCAAAAUAUACCAGACGGAAAUUCAGAGCUUGUACACUGAGGGGAACAAAAAGGACUAG